AGUGCGGCCCCGUCGCGCGGCGCCUCACGGGACCGUGCGGCGCGAGCCCGGGCUCCGUCAUUACGGGGGGAGCGUUAAUUAGUCAGAGUGAGGCGGUAAUUAGCAAGCAGAGAGGAGGUCGUUCCGAAGGGAUUGUGUGGGGGAUCUUGGAGGGGUUUGUCAGGAAUAGAAUUUGGUCUUGGAGCUCCAGCACCAUGCAGAGAGCUUCACGGCUCGCAAGGGAGCUCUCGCUCCUGGCUACAGAGCCACCUCCAGGCAUCACCUGCUGGCAGAACGGGCAGCUGGAUGACCUACGGGCACAAAUUUUAGGAGGUGUGGACACACCAUAUGAGAAAGGAAUAUUCAACCUGGAAAUCAUAGUUCCUGAAAGGUACCCGUUUGAGCCGCCAAAGAUUCGCUUCCUGACCCCCAUCUACCAUCCCAACAUUGACUCUGCUGGAAGGAUUUGCCUGGAUGUUCUUAAGUUACCACCGAAGGGUGCAUGGAGGCCUUCCCUGAACAUCUCCACCCUGCUGACCUCCAUCCAGCUGCUGAUGGCAGAGCCCAAUCCUGAUGAUCCUCUCAUGGCCAAUAUCUCCUCGGAGUACAAGUACAACAAGCAGCUGUUCCUGCUCAAUGCCAGGGAGUGGACCGAGAAGUAUGCAGGGCAGCUGGGGGCUCCCAAGCCUUUGGAAGAGAAAAUCGUCCAAAGUGAAACAAGCCCCAGCAGUGACUCAACCAUGCAGAAAAGAAAAGGGGUUGACAUCAGUAGGAAGGAGAAGAAAUCCCGCUCAGAUUCCUGAGGGCUUUUUGUUCUCUUUCGGCUGUCACUAUCUCCUUCUCCUCACACAUGUACAAGGAAAGAGUCUGCUUUCUAGGGACUGUACCAGCUUUGGGUUUCUGUUUCCUUGGGAUGUUAUUUUUUUGUGAAAAGUUCCAUUAUAUUAAUAAAAUAUAAAGCUUUUAUUUUA